UGACAAGGUACGAGUCUAAUGCAGGACUGUGAGGCAGUUUUGGUAACUGUUUUCCGCGGUGUAUUUUAAUACAUUACCACUAACAUUACAUAAUUAUAAACAUUAAACAACAUUAACUGCAUAAGUUCGUAUUCUAUGAACUGUCCUGCGGUCAGCUAACUGAAGAGUUUCAACACUGAGGGCGAUACGACACGAGGGCGGAGCUUAAACUUCUGACAUGUUUGGGUUGUGAUGUUCGUGCUUGUUUACUGUCUGGAGUGAAAUUUCCCAUCAUUUAAAUGUCAAGUAUGGAUGCAAAGAAAGACGGCCUUUUUUCAUGUGAUCAGUGCGAUGUCACAUACUCUACCAGGCAUAAAGUUCAACUGCACAAAUGGCUGACACACUGUGAACGUGAAGAAGAUGAACCUGACAAAUACAACUGUUAUCAAUGUCACAGUAUUUUCCUGGAUCAAUUAAGUUUACAUUCACACCACUGUGUCAAUGAUAAAACUCAAAAUGAAGGGCAUGAUGAAUACAAAGUCAGUAACCAAGGACAGUCACAAUUCAAUGAAACUGUUGGCACCAACUACGAAGAAGAUAAUAUGAAGCAGAAGCAAAAUGAUUUGAAUAAUAACUCGAAGCAUGCACUGAACACUUCUGUUACUAGUCUGAAAUCUGAGUGCACGUAUGAUGAUAAUGAUUUCUCUAAUAGUGAAAGUGCAAGUAAGUUAAAGAUAUCACCGCAUCUACUAAAGACCAAAACAACAGAUGCCUUGAAAUUCACCCCAGGCAGGAACCCAAGCCCAGCAUAUGGAAAAAGAGAGCCAUCUGACAUCAGCUCCGUAGUAUUAGCUCCACGUGUACACACCAGAGGUAGAACUGGCGAAGUCCAUGAACGUACUUUAACAUGUUCUCACUGUGAUAGAAAGUUCUUUAAUAAAUGUAAUCUAGUUAGGCACAUAAAUGCUAAACAUUCAAAUAGCAGCAUUAACUUUCCACACAAACAGCAACAAUUCCCGUGCAAGUUUUGUACUAAAGUGUUGUUAUCGAAAAAUGGUCUUGUUCUUCAUAAUAAAUUCAAGCACCCUGAAAUCUGCAGAGCAAUUAUUAAAAGAGGAAGUACUGCUGAUAAACAGUCAAUAGUUAAACGAUGCAUGAAGAAAAAAGAAUGGAAUAAACAUGAAAUAAAAUGUGUUGAUACAAGCAGGAUUAGGAGGAAACAUUCAACGUGCAAACAAACAAACAGGAAAUUACCGCCUGGUAAAGCGAUAUCUUGUGACAGAUGCCCAAGAACCUUUGCCUCUAUGAGGCAUUUGGGUAUUCAUAUGCGCUCACAUGCUACUAAGAAAUGGUUCCAGUGUGACAAAUGUAUUAGAAAGUACUGCAAUCCAGGAAGCUAUAUCAAGCACCUGAAAGAUGGACACAUUGGGGAAGCAUCACUCUGUAAAUCAAAAGAGAUUUCAAAAGCUAGAAUGCAACCAAAGACAGACGGGGAAUCGUACAUGUAUAAAAAAAAAGAUGCAUCAAAACACGUGAAUGGAAAUGGGAAAGCGACGCAGAUAUUUGACAAAAAACGCCAUGAUUCUUCUGAAAUCCGGAGAUCACCAAAAGAUAGAAAAAUGAGUAAAAGUAGCUUCAGCAGAGAUAAUAACUCCAAACUGCAGAAAAAGAUGAUAAAAUGCAAAUUUUGUUACCAGACAUUUUCUGGCAGAGGUGCCUUAUAUAGACAUAAGUUAAACAGUCACCGUGGUGACACAGAAGAUCCCAGCAUUGCAUCUUCCUCCUAUACGAGUAAUGAUCAAGAAUAUUCUCUUAAAAAUAUUAAAGGCACCAAAAUGCUAAAACCACCAAAACAAAAGUUCAAAUGUGAAUCUACAAACCAGCCAUCAAGAAUUUACAAGGCUUCACUAAAAACUUCAACGCAGUCACCAAUAAGAAGUCAGCCACUAAAAGACUCGCGUGAAGCUUCCUCUAGCAUCAAAACAAAGUUGAGAAAUGCCGUCUUACCAGUGGUAAAAGUGACACCAGUUGUACCUUUGAAAUCAAAUGAUGAUGAAACUUCACUUGAAUCAGGUGAUGUGUUUAAAUGUGGCCACUGCGCUAAAGUAUUCCAGAGUCGUUGGAGUCUAUGCUGUCAUAUGCAAAUCAUGCAUAUUGAGAGAAAGUAUAAAUGUGGAAAGUGCGACUUUGCUUCCAUGUACCCAAGCAAUCUGAACGAGCACAACAAAAUCAAACACUGA